AUGCUAGUUUAUGGCGGGAUGAAAUUCUCGAAGAACUACCAGAACGGUGACAGGAUCUCGUGGAAGUGCAACAAGGCGGCCUGCAUUGCCAGGGUCAACACAGUGGGCAACCAGCUCGUAUUCACUAGAAACUAUCACAACCACAACGAUAGUAUCUCGAGUGCCCUUAAAUUUGAAAUGACCAAGUUCGGCAACCCGACGAUAUCCUGGGGCAACUACCGCUUCAUAAAAAAGCUGACGCGACGCAUGAAGACCUGGUGGGAAUGCACGGCGAGGAAGAGUUCCGGAUGCCGUUGCGUCGCGGUGACGGUCGAAAAUCGUCUGAUGAAGCUCAACGGCUGGCACAACCAU